AUGGAUGACCUGGCACGCGAGCAUCAAGCACAAUUCGACAAGGCAUUGGCAUUGGGGUUAGCAAAAAACACAAGAGAAGCGUUCGAUAUAUGCUGGCCACUCCACUUGGACAACCGCCUUAGCAAAGGCCUCCAUGCCGAACUCAACAUGCUACUGGCACUCCUCGUGGAACCCAAGGACCGACUCAAGUUUACGAAAGGGUGCUUGGACGUGAUCGACACUGUUCGGCAGGACCAGGGCGGAGAGAUUGGCGACCGCCUCAAGCACAUGGAGGGUAUUGCAAAAGAGUAUCUCGAGUACCUCGAGGCUCCGGCCGAAGAGUACCUUGAGCCCCCGAACGAUGUCGAGGAGGAGCAAGACGAUGUGAAUGUGGACUACCUUGAGGACGCGGCUGAAGUCGAGGAGGAAGACGGUGUGAAUGUCGACUACUUUGGGGACGCGGCUGAAGUUGAGGAGGAAGACGAUGUGAAUGUCAACUACCUUGAGGACGCGGCUGAAGUUGAGGAGGAAGACGGUGUGAUUGUCGACGACCUUGAGGACGCGGCCGAAGCCGAAACGGAGGAAGACCGUGUCAAGAACAAGCUGUUGUUGAGCACCUGGAGAGCCGAGUUGAGCAUUUGGAUAACCGAGCUACCAAUCUUGCAACGCUCCACGGAACAGCCCAGCGAGUCAUCCGCGCCUCCUCCACCUUCCCCUGUCUGCGACUCUCCGUAG